GCACUUGCUGUCCCCCGCUUCGCUCGACGAAACACGGCACACAGGUGAUAACACGGACACCAGUCUUGGACUUUUCCCCACAUUAAGUCUUCUCCUACCAGCGAAAGUUUAAGUUUCUUUCAGUAAAAUGGCUGCAAAAGAGCAACAGCAACAUGGUGUCAUACUGGACCAGGAUCAGUUCUGCUGUUCAGUCUGUCUGGACCUUCUUAAAGAACCAGUCACUAUCCAGUGUGGACACAGUUACUGCAGAAGGUGUAUUGAGAUUUGUUGGGACCAGGAGGAGAAGAAGAAGGGAUUUUACAGCUGCCCUCAGUGCAGGGAGAGCUUCACUCCCAGGCCUGUUGUUCGUAAGAACAACAUGCUAGCUGAGGUUGUGGAGAAGCUGAAGAAGACAGGUGGACAAAAGUGUGUCUGCUAUCUGUGCACCCUUGAGCGUAAACACCAUGAUACAGUUUCAGCUGCAGCUGAGAGGGUUGGGAAACGGAAACAGCUGGUUGCGAGCCAACAGAAAGUCCAGGAAGGGAGGGUGAAUGAGCGCAGCCACACUGUGGACGAUCUCAAGUGUUCUGCCCAGGCUGCAGUGAAGGCCUGUGAGAAGCUUUCUGAACUGAUCUCCUCCGUCCAGAGGAGAUGCAGUAAGGUGAAGCAGCUGAUAAGACUGGAUAAGACUGCAGUCCGCCAGGCUGAAGAAAUCCUGCUGCAGCUGAAGAGGAUCAACACACUGUGGAGCACAGACACCAAACUGGAACAGUCCAGUCCCUGUGAAUUUCUACUCCUUCGUUACUUCAAAGAUGUGAGUGACUCUGUGUCUGACCUCAGAGACAAACUGGAGAGCAUCCUGAAGGACACAUGGCCUGGGAUCUGUAGCACAGUUUCUACAGUAGAUGUAUUGCUGCCACCAGAGCCAACGACCAGGACCGACUUUUUAACCUAUUGUUGUCCUCUGACUUUUGAUGUGAACUCAGCCCACCGUUACCUUUCUCUGUCCAAGGACAACCGGAGAGUGACGAAGACAUCCACUGAGACAGUUUAUCCUCUUCACUCAGACAGGUUUAUCAGGGUUAGCCAAGUGUUGUGCAGAGAGGGUUUGUCAAGGCGAUGCUACUGGGAGGUGAAGUGGGAUGUUGCGCGGACUCUGUCUGUAGCGGUGUCGUACAAAAACAUCAGCAGGAUGUCAGGAAGCUCAGAAUUUGGAAGUAAUGCCCAGUCCUGGAGUUUACAGCACUCUCUGAAUGGUUACUGUUUCCGACACAAUAAUGCAGAAACAAAAGUGUCAGGCCAUUGUUCUUACAAGGUCGGGGUGUACCUGGAUUAUCAGGCAGGGACUCUAGCUUUUUAUGAUGUUUCUGGCACGAUGACCCUGCUCCACAAAGUCCAGACCACCUUCACUCAGCCCGUCUAUCCCGGACUGGGACUGACAUCCUAUGGUGAUUGUAGACAUCCCAAUUCUGCAGAGCUGAUGAAGUUAUGGUAGCAAAGCAGCUGAAUAUGUCAAGACUUUGGUACAGCAAAACAAGUCAGACUCAUCAAGACAUGAGGAUGUGAUUUAAGUAGGUGUAGUUUACAGAGUGUUUUGUGUUUUCAGAAGCUUUUAACCAUGCACAAAUUAUGUUGUUUACCCUGAACUUUUAACUUUACAUAUUUGUAAAAUAAAUGUCUUAAUAAAUCAGUAAUAUAUGAAUUCUUA